CGGCCAGUGCUGCGCCAUCGUUUGAACGGAAAAGGUGAUCUUCUCGUGCUGGCUUCCGACCGUUACGGACGGUUCUAUCAAGUCGGGUGCGAUCAUUUUCGUCCAUGAUCAAUUGGAGCCUCAACUGCAAUGGAGUGCACGUUCAAUUCGAUAAACGGCCAAAUUAGUUUCGCGAACAUUUCUCAUUGAGCCCUAACUUGUGGCCGUUCGGAAGAGCAAUUACCGGGUGAAGGUGUGUGUGUGUAUGUUGUGUGUGAGUGCGUCGGGGGAAACAACGGGGAAGCACAUAAUAACUUUGUGCAUUUGUUUUCCGCGCUCAGUCAUCCAUCCAACCAUCAGCACUCCAGAACGUGGUGCACCAAGUCUGUUCUGUUCUGACCGAGCCCAUCCGCGAAGAUUAGUUAUCAGUGCAAUUCUACUUACCAAACGCUAAACAGGUGCCGCAUCGAGUUCUGGGACGAUAAGAACAGUGAGACAGCGGAACACCGAAUUUCGGUCCUGGAAUAAAGUGUGUGUGUGUGCAAAACACUUUCGGCAAUGUCUUCAAUUAUUGACAAGAACAAGAUUCGGCUGGAAAGCCGGUCGAAAAUGUUUCUGCGAAGCAACUCGUUCCAGAAGUUGUGCUCGCUGGCGCAUCCCAUCAGGCUGAAAGGGUUCAAGUCGAACAGGGAAGCCCUGAAGUCAAUCUUCGAAUCGCUCAUCGUCACGACACGUGGCGUCAUCCAGUCGGUCACGUACAGAAUACUGUGCUUUCUGUUCUUAACGCCGUUCACCGGACUGGUGAGCCGGACACUGAGUAACUUUUCCGGUCAGGAUGGAAAUGGAAAAUUUAGUACCGUCAGGUUGAUCCUGAAACUGACACUGUCUACGAUAAUAUCCACCGAUGAUGCCAAAGAAAAAUGCGAUAAAAUAGACUCGGAAUCACGUCUGAAGCAGAUCCCAACGUCGUCGUCGUCUACCGAAUAUGUGGAAACGGGCAUUCAAACGGAGGACUCACCGGCAGAUGGGGAACCCUGCUCAUUACUACCAUCCAAGGAACAGUUCUUCGACUGCAAGGAUGAUGCCGCACCGAGACCUACCAGCGACGAACUUCGAAGUCGGUUUCUGGAAAACUCACUACCCCUCCCCCGGACGUCAUCCGGACAGCAACGGCUCACCUUGAACCUGCUCGUGUACGGCUGUGUGCUCGGUUGCAUCGGUCAGCUAUCUGCCCUCGUGUACUUGCUGAACGUGGCCGCCACGAUUCCUCCCGGGCUGAUAUUUCUUAUUUUGGCACUCGGCUACAUCGGAUACGUUAUGAUGAGGAUAUUUGUGGACGAAUGCCUUCCGAUCAAAGAGGAACCGGAGAAAACAUCGACGACGACAACAACGACGGAGAUGGCAGUAGUUCCAGCAGUGUCAGCAAUCACCGACAAAUGCUCAAAACCCAAAGGAAUCCACCCAAUUUUGGCCACUGUUCGGAAGCAUGUAGCCUCGGUAUUGCAGCGGGACAGUAAACUGGUGCCAAUCACGGAUUCGCCAAGGAUGAACCGUCGGUCGACUGCGCCCAGGCGAAAUCGAGUGCUGCUCUGUACUCAUGAUAAAACUAUCAGUAAAAUGAAAAUACUCUAGAAACAUGAACCCACAUGAUGGAGCUUAACCAAAAAUACAACAACAAAAAAAUAACUAUAAUAAUAACACACAUUUGUACAAGCAAGGCUUUCGGGAGACGUUUUCAAUGCCAGCCCAGACUGAAACGAAAAACACAUCAGAAUGAUAGUAAAACAAAACAAAAAAAAAUACUAAUAAUACAAUUUAGUAGCGGCCAAAACAUGUUAGGCAUGCAUGUUGGCCGCCCAGCGUUGGCCGCAGCCUUUCGGGUGCCAUCGCGCCAUCAUCAAACCACAUCAUCAUCAUCAUUGCCAUCAUUCGGGCGCUGAAGUGUAAUUCGGUGGGAAAAUUGUCAUGUAAUGAAAGAAGACCAACAAUAGCAAAAACGAAAAGAAAAAAACAAAUGACUACAUCGUAAAUCGAUUCACUAUCGGGCAGUUUUUGUGCAAUAAAAAUAGAUCAUAUUAUGAACAAUUGCUCACACGCCCAGUGCCACCCGGUGGUGGUGUCGAUCCGAUCCGGGUGUGUGGUGGCUGGCGUGCGAUAAGCGGCAACGCUGAUGUUCACCGUCAGUCAGCCAGUUUUCUGUGCCCUACAAAUCGAUUAGGCCAUACUGCUGUUUUUUCUUCUAUUCCUCGCCCGGUUUUUUGGUGUAUGAUGUGUAUGUGCUCUACAUGAAAAAGAAAAAAAAAGACUGUCAACCUCGAAACAUCAUUUGCAUCAAUUGGCACCUAUCGGCGGUGGCUGGCAGGAUAGCAUCGGGAGAGAAAGGAACUUAAUGUUUUUCUUUUUUUUUGUAGCAUGUAGCGAACUUUUUUGCUCAAUCUAUGAUACCAAAUAAUAAAAACAAGAAUAAGAAGAAUAAAAAACAUGCCCGUAACGGAACUGUAUAUGAUUAUGAGACUUAAAUCCGCACGUUUUUGUGAAAUUGUUGUCAAACAUUGUAAUUAGAUAAGAAUAAAGGAUGAUAAUUGGCUGCUUAA